UGGGGCGAGCGGACGGUGUAGCUAGUCUCCGCUUCGCUGUGGUUGAGAACUGUGCUGCGGAGACGACGGAGCAGGUGUCGUAGGCUUUGUGGUCGUCCAGUCUGUCGUAUGGAGGCGACCUGGUGUUCCUCCCACGCCCACGCCCGCUGUUGAUCCGAAUCGCAGAGUAAGGACUAGAAAGGGGAGAGCUCUGGAUCUGAAGAGAGGCAGUUGGCACGGAAGCAGCGUAGUGGAAUCAACAAGUGUGUGUGCGCGUGUGUUCAUGCCGUAACCUUGUGGGCGUACAGAAACUUGUAGCGUCGCGUCUGUUGUGCGGGAUUCCCUGCUACUCGGAAGAGUUAAUGGACAUCCAUUCAUAGAGCGGGUAGCUCCCACUGCCAUGACACGUCGCCCCGCCUGACAUCGAAGAGCAACUGAACGAGACAUGAAUAUGAAGCCUCUUUGGAUCCUUCCUUGCCUCGUGGUGGUGUUUUCCAUGGUGGCGGAAGUCCACGGCUUCAGCCCGUGUGGCAAGUGUGUGCGCGGAGAAGGCAAGCUCACGUGCCCGAGCGACAUGGUCCCAGAGCGCUUCUCUGUCCUCAUUUCGGACUACAACGAGACGAGCGAGAGCGUGUUCGAGUUGCGGUGCCUGCACGGGGCCAAAACGGUGAACUUCUCUCUGAUUGAUGACUGCAGCUUCCCGAACGUAAAAUACGUGCUUUUCAAUCGGUGCCCAAGGCCCAACGUGACGUUCGCCGAGGUGUUCCGGCGCGUCGGGAUCGAGCCGGAGAACGUCGUCACCUUCUCCUUCCUUUCCGUGGACACCGGCCGCCCCGGCGAGGAUCUGGAGGAGUGGCACUUCCGAGGACUGGGCAACCUGACUAGCCUGAAACUUCGAGGCAACCAUUUCCAGUCUCUGCCGCCGAAUAUCCUUCAAUACACGCCCAAACUGAACUAUUUUCAGCUGUCAUUCAACAAUAUUUCCACCCUCUCAGAAACGCUUUUUCAGAAUACGACCCAACUCAAAAUUCUCCACCUUUACGAAAACCAGUUCACUCACUUGCCUGAUGGACUGUUCAAAAACCUGAAUAAACUUACCAACAUCAGCCUCUGGAGUAACAAUAUUGAACGAAUUAGUCACAAACUAUUCCAAAACCUGCCAUCCUUGUGGUCACUGGAACUAGCCUUUAACAAAAUAUCGACCUUGCAUCCCGAUGCAUUUGCAAGUCUCCCGAAUUUAGGCAAGCUCUUGUUGGUUAGCAACAGGAUCGAGAACCUUCCAGAAUCCUUGUUUAGGAACUGCACCAACUUAGAAUAUGCCCAUAUGAGUAAUAACAGAAUAACGUCCAUGCCUGCAGGACUGUUUAGAGAAACGAAGAAUAUCUACAGCAUAGAGCUCAACAACAACAUGAUAUCCAGCCUCCCAGAUGAUCUAUUUAAGGGACUAAACAACUUAGGAAAGUUAAAGAUGAAAAGAAAUGCACUGAAGACCUUACCCUCAGGCCUCCUGGCAGACCUACCUAAGUUGGAAGUUCUGGAUCUACAGUCAAAUAUCAUUGAAGAACUUCCAUCGGGAUUCUUGGACAAUCAGCGUAUAACGGACAUACUAAUCUUGAAGAACAACAGCCUUGCAGAAUUACCUGAGGGAAUCUUCAAGAACUGCGCGGGGCUCCAGGAACUUUACCUGAGCCACAACAAACUAAGUAUCCUGCAAAACUCCUGGUUUCCUGCACCUGCCACGGCUCUUAGGAAAGUGGACUUGGGGAGCAAUAAUAUCUCAUUCUCGUCGUUUGCAAGUGGACAAGAAAUUUCAGUUGAAGAGAACUUUCCUCUCUUGAAUCAAGUCAACUUAGAGGAACUGUCUCUUGAAGAUAACAGAAUUACAGCUGUUCCCCAAGCAUUUAGUAGUAACUACGUGAACCUCACAAAACUGAACUUGUCUCAUAAUGAUAUUGAGUUUGUGGAUGCCAAUGAUCUUAUCUUUAAAUCCGAUGAAGUGGCUCUUGACCUCAAAUACAACAAAAUCAGAACUAUUAACUUACAACACAUUCAAAAUAUUGCAGCGUAUAAGGUAAUUGAUCUUUCCAUAGCUGGCAACCCACUCGUAUGUGACUGCAAUCUAUACUGGUUUUUAAGAAUACUGCAAGGAAAAGAUUUAGACAGAGAAGUACCUCAACUUCAAGUAAAAAGCCCUGAAAGCCUGACAUGCUCAUACAUCGGCGAUGAGACCACAGACAAACAGCUUCUGCGAGUCAGUUCAGAAAUGCUUACUUGUAGCCUGCAGGAGUGUCCCGAGAGGUGCAAGUGUUUUACAAGGACACAUGACAGGAUGUAUAUUGUCGACUGUGCAUAUCAGAAGCUUCAUGAGAUACCGAGAAUCAUCAGUCAGGAAAAGCAGAAUUUACGCAACUAUUCCCUCACCUUAAAUCUAAGGAACAAUAGUAUUUCUAACCUAGAUCGGGUAGAAGACCCAGAGUACCGCUACUUGGUGAACUUGACAAUUCCAAAUAACAGUCUCAUCUCCUUGAAUGAAUCCGUUCUACCAGACAGCUUACGAGUCCUUGAUAUCCGUGGGAACAACUUUACGUAUUUAGAACCAUCAGUGAUAGACUACUUUAAUAAGACAGAUAUAACUUUAAGUCUUGGAGAGAAUCCAUGGAUCUGUGACUGCAAACUAACCGAUCUCCAAAGCUUCCUCCGAAUUCAAGAACUGAAGGUUUUGGACUUUUACAACAUCCGAUGCACGAAUUUCAACGAGACACUGAUAGACGUGACGGAAGGUGAUCUGUGCCCCAUUAUUUUGCCGCCGGAGGUCAUCAUCGCCAGCACAGUGAUCAGCAUGUUCUUGAUUCUCUCUGGGGUCUUGGCUACUGUUACCUUUUGGAAGUACAAGGAAGAAAUCAAAGUUUGGCUCUUCACUCACCGGUUGUGCCUAUGGGCUGUGGCGCACGAAGAAUUUGAUAACAAGAAGUACGAUGCUUUCAUCAGUUACUCAAAUAAGGAUGAAGAAUUUGUGAACUCUGACUUAGUGCCAGGACUUGAGUCUGGUGACCCAAAGUACAAAGUGUGCUUACACUCUCGUGACUGGUUGCCUGGAGCCUACAUUCAGCAGCAGAUUACCCAGAGUGUGGAAGCAAGUCGCAGGACCAUCGUUGUGCUCUCGUCAAAUUUCAUAGAGAAUGUCUGGGGUCAUCUUGAGUUUAAGACGGCUCACUGCCAAGCUUUGAAAGACAGGCACAACAGAGUUAUUGUUAUUGUACUUGGAGAGGUUCCUCCUGAGAAUGAGCUGGAUGAAGAGCUGAAACUGUACCUCUCAACCAGAACUUACCUCCAGUUCGGUGACCCCAAGUUCUGGGAGAAGUUGCGGUAUGCAAUGCCACACCCCCAUGACCUCAUUUAUAAAAAACAAAGAAAACGGAAAGACACAGACAAAUUAGAAUUGGUGAAAUCAGAUUCAAAGCAGAGUAAGUGAAAAUGAACUUAAUGAAAAAGCACAUUGGAGUUCAUAAGCAGAGUGUGGAAGUGGCAAAUUCCUUUUAGACUUGAAAAUUAGUCUCUGCUUACAAACUUUAUUUACUCAAAAGUACUAAUUACUGUCAUCAUUACCAGUGAUACCUCUAAUUGUACGGAUUGCAAAAA